AUGUAAAAAAAAUAGUAAUAUGAAAAGGAUUUCGAUUCCUAUAAACAUAAUAUUAAACUAUCUGAAGAGUAAAUGCGGAAGUCUCUUGAAGCAGCAACUAACCAUAAAUAAGCUUGUCUCGAUAAUUCAACCAAUUUUGAAUUAUUUGCCACAUGCAUGGAAAAAUAUGAAGGCAAAGUCGACAACAUAGCCAAUCUUUUGUCUACACGCUUGCUCUUUAUUGAAAGACAAGCCUUGGAAUGCUACAAGUCAUAAUCAGACGAAAGAGAAUAUGAGCAUUGUCACCAAAAGGUCGAACAAGACCUGCAUAAUUGCUACAAUGAGUACUAUUAAGGACUACUUAAUCUUUGA